AUGUCGUGGACGCUUGCGAUCGCAAAGGACCAGCCGGAGUACCCGAAGGCGGACGGCGACAGGUUCCACUUCAAGCUCGGCGAUGACCAACGGUACGUAUCGCUCAUCCGCCACGCCGGCAAGCUCCACUGCAUCGACAGCAUAUGCUUCCACGCCGGCGGCCCAUUAGCCAUCGGCGACAUCGAAGACGUCGAAGGACACACCUGCAUCACGUGCCCGUGGCACUUCUACAAGAUCGGCGUGGAGGACGGGUGCAAGUAUUACCAGCCGCUGGUGAAGAACGAGGAGGGCAAGAUGGUACCGGGCGCGUGGAAGACGAUCGGGAAGCGGCAGCGCGUGCACAGUGUCGAGGAGCGCCACGACGGAGCGUAUGUCAGACCGGACCCUGACGCGGAGUGCCACUCGGACCACUACGCGCACAACCACGAGGCUGGCGAGCGGAUCAUCCACACCGGGCUCGCGCAGAACCAGCCCCACGGCACGGUGGCGGAGGACAGGUUGCCUGGGCCGCCCGUUGCCGCCAAGCAGGGAGCGGGGACGGCGCCGUGGGCGCGGGGCGCGCACGUACAGGGCGAGCGGCCACCUGGGUCCGCCCCGCUGGGAAUCCCGCACGCCCCGUCAAGAGGACCUCCGCCAAUGUGA